GAGUUGUCACAAGAUUCUUGUAUGACUUUGUUUGCAUUUCAUGCUCUUGGAGUGAGAAAUUUUGAUCAUCAUCCAAAUCUUAAAGUAUUAGGUAUGAAAAUAGUGGAAAAAUGCCGAGGGUUACCAUUAGCCGUGAAGACUUUGGCUGGGUUGUUGAGCUUUAAAGUUAGUCCCCAUGAAUGGCAAGCUAUAUUGGAUAGCAAAAUUUGGGAUCUACCAAAAGAAAGUAAUGAUAUCCUUCCGGCCUUGAAACUUAGCUACCUCCAUCUCCCUUCAAAUUUGAGGAGAUGUUUCGCUUACUGCGCUAUAUUUCCCAAGGAUUAUGAAAUUGAACGGGAUGAGUUGAUUCACUAUUGGAUUGCAGAGGGCUUGUUGGAGGGAAAAGAAGGAAAGAACUAUUGGAAUGUAGGUUUGAAAGUUUUUGACGAGCUAGUAUCUAGAUCGUUACUUCAAAAGUUGAGUAGCAACGAAUCACGAUUCUUGAUGCAUGAUCUUGUGAAUGACCUGGCAAAGCUAGUUGCCGGUGCAACUUGUUUUAGCUUUGAGGAGUUUGAUUAUGACGAUCAUCAAAAUAAUGCAUUUUUAGCUCGUUAUGCCUCAUUCAUUUGCCAUCGUCAAAUUGUCGCAGAAAUAUUCAAGAUAUAUCAUGGAAUGAAGGGACUUAGGAGCUUCAUAUCGUUAAGAAAGCAACCUACUUAUUUAUCUGAGAAAGUGUUAGGUGACUUGUUAUCCGAAUUGAAGUACUUGAGGGUGCUUUCAUUACGUCACUGUCGCAUCAGAGAGGUACCGGAUUGCAUUGGCAAACUGAGGCACUUGAGGUGCCUCAAUUUGUCAUAUACUGACAUUGAAACCCUUCCAAAGUCAAUUGUUGCAUUGUACUACCUAGAAGCCUUGAUGUUACGAGGAUGUCAAAACCUUACUAAAUUACCAGAAGGUGUGGAGAAGCUAAUCAAUUUAAAAUUUCUCGACUUUACCGACACUCCGAGCCUAAAAGCGAUGCCGCAAUAUAUAGGUAAUUUGGUGGGUCUUGAGAUGCUAUCCAAAUUUGUAGUGGGAAUGGAAGCAGGGUCAAGGUUGAAGGAGUUAGAAAGCCUAAAGAACCUUGGAGGGGAAUUGUGCAUCUCAAAUUUGCAUAAGGUACGAGAAGUCGGAGAUGCCAUGGAUGCCAAUUUAUGCAUGAAGGAGGGAAUAUGCCAGUUGACCAUGCAAUGGUGCAAAGAUUUUGGAAAUUUCCGAAAUGAAGAGCUUGAAGCAAAAGUCCUUGACUUUCUUCGCCCUCACCCAAACCUUGAAAAUCUCGCAAUAUCCUACUAUGGUGGCCUAGAAUUCUCAUCAUGGUUAGGAAGUCCCUCAUAUAUUAAUAUGGUGCAUUUACGUUUACAUGGGUGUUGUCGGGCCAAAGCAUUAGCCUCACUGGGACAAUUAUCUUCUUUGAAAGAAUUGUACAUCGAAAGUCUAAAUGCAAUACGCAUGGUAGGGUUUGAAUUUUAUGGAACUAAAAAUCCUUUUCCAUCCUUAAUGACUUUGGAAUUCAAGGACAUGCCAUUGUGGGAGGACUGGUCUCAUUGCGUUAGCAAUGAAGAAUUAGGAGUUAUAUUCCCUUGUCUUGAGUAUUUGGUCGUUCGGGAUUGUCCUAUGUUGAUUGGAAGAUUGCCUAGUCAACUAAGCUCCCUCCGAAAGCUGGAAAUCAACUCCUGUCCUCGUAUGGAUGCCUCAUCCUUUAUCUAUAGCCUUCCAUCCCUCAAUGAAUUAAACUUUAGAGGUUGUAAUGAGGGAGUGUUGAAGAGUUUGGUAAACUUGACAUCUCUAACUGCUCUUGUCCUACAAGAUGUUAGUGAAUUAACUUGUUUAAAUUAUGAGUUUACAAGCUCCUUGGUGAAGCUGGAGAAGUUGGAGAUGGAAAGUUGUAAAAAUUUGAUAUACUUGUGGCAAGAGAGAGAUGUAAUUCAAAAUCUCGCUUGUCUAAAGAGCUUAGUUAUCAAAAGUUGUCCUGAAUUGAUAUCAUUUUCAGCUGGAGAAGGAGAUAUAGAGUUGUGUAGCAAGUUGGAGACUAUGGACUUGCGGAAUUGCAUCAAUUUGGAGAAGCACCCAAGCAAGAUUUAUACCCUCUCCUCUCUUCAAGACUUGACCAUCAAGGAGUGUCCAAAACUUGUGUCCUUCCUUGAAAUAGGUAUGUUGGCAUCAGUGAUAUCAUUAAAUAUCCGAGAUUGCAAGAUGUUGCUAUCUUUAUUUGGAGGAUCAAGUGUUCAUAUGGAUGAACCAAGCAGCAAUAACCACAGUGACAUGACGUUUCAUUUGCAAAAUUCAAAUAUCUACGAAUGCACUUCUCCGUCGGCCUCUCCAUUCAGCGAGAAUAGAUUUGUACCUGCGACCCUCACGACACUUGAAAUUGAGUCGUGUGGGGGAGUAGAGUCGCUCGCGGAGAUACUUGUGGGCCGUCUUCAGUCGCUUAAAAAGAUUAGAAUUAAAUCUUGUACAAAUUUGAGAAGCUUACCACAGGGGCUGCACACAUUGUCCCAUCUCACUUUCUUGUUAUUGGGGGAGUGUCCUGCACUAGAGCUGGAGUGCUUCCCUCCUCUUCCUCCCGGCAUCUCGACGUUUGAGCUUGAGGAUUGUCCGAAGAUAAAAUCGUUACCUAAUCAAUUGCAUCGACUCACGAGUCUCCGACAUCUGGAUAUUAAUGGGUGUGAGAGUAUUACGCGCUUCCCCGAUGGAGGAUUGCCACCCCAGUUAGAGGUGCUUGAGGUAUUUGGAUGCGAGAAUAUGAAGCAGCCGAUGAAGGAGUGGCUUACCUCCCUCACCUCCCUUCUAGUUCUAGCGAUCGACGGCAGCGUGGGAGGAGUGGGAGAGGAGGAGGAUCUUGUGCUUCCGCUCCCUUCCUCCUCUCUGUCCCAGCUCUAUAUCUUUGGCAUGAAGAACGUGGAAAGAAUGUCCACCAGUCUCCCUCCCUCUCUCCAGACCUUAUUUAUCUUGGGUUGCCCAAAGCUGAGGGAGUUGCCCCAGGAUGGCCUCCUUCCCUCCCUAGUCAACUCCGGAUCUCGGGAUGUGAGAUUCUGGAGGAGCGAUGCAGGAAAGGGACCGGCCACUAUUGGCCCCUCAUCCGCGAAAUCCCAGAAGUUAUAUUGGGUGAUGACGACUCCAAGUCAAUUACUUGAGAAAAGGGAUUCGGACUCUUGAAUAUUCAACAUGGAAGAGAUUAGGGUAUUUUUAAUAUCUGAGCCUUGGCCCUCGGAGACUCAGGCGGGGGCCUACCAGCCUAUUGACGACGAGACGGCAAUCAUCAUGGGUCAACCCUGCCGAAAGAUGAUAUUCUCCUACGGCAAGCGUGAGUGGUCUAGGCAGCGGUUUUGGAUGACUGAAAUUGCUGAGAGUCAAAUCUCUUGCUGAAAAAUCUUCCAAGCUAAAGCAAGUGAGUUGCAAAGAUUAUGAACCAGUAGCAGAAAAUGUACCUCUUGAUGUGCAUGAUCUCUCUCUUUAUAAAUUGGACCUACUGGGGAAACACAAGGAAGCAGCUAUCCUUGGACGUGGAGGAAAGGAUUCAGGUGCUUACCAAUCCAAAGCUGCCAAAGAUGCUGCAGUAAGGACGGACAUGGAAGAUAUGGAUUGUUCAGUACACCAAAAGGAACCCAAUAAACAUGGCAUAUCUACCACCAGAGCAGUUGAAACAGAGCAUUUAGUUCAUAGUUCUAAUGCAGAUUUCAGAGGAUGGGGCAGGGGGGUGUCCAUGGAUGACUUUAGAUCUGACUCAAAAGAUCUAAGUUUGCAUAGGAAAGUUUCCUCCAAUAGUGACUUCCAUAGUCGAAAGUCCUUUGAAGAUUUGGGUUGUAGUGACUAUAUGAUUGAAUCUUUGUGGAAGCAGCAUUUUCUGCGCCCCACAUAUUCAGGCGAUUGCAUUCAAACCUGUAAUUGAGGGAAACACUUGUAAUAUAGCUGAUCAGAGUGGUUCGGGAAAAACGCUAGCUUAUCUUGCACUAGUAGUCUAACAUCUCAGGCAAGAAGAGCUGAAGGACUUAGCAAAUCAUUCUCACGAAGCCCUCGAGUUGUCAUUUUGGUGCCAGCUGUUGAGUUAGCUUCACAGGUUGGCAGUUGGUUUUGAGUAACUGCCAAUCCAUAUCGAAGUUUGGGGCUCCAUUCUGGUCUAUGGUUGCCAUGGGUGGUCUCAGGAGAAAAACUCAGCCGGAAAAUAUAGAAGGCCUUGAUGCCUAGUAGCCACACCUGGUCACUUUAUUUUUCUCAUUAAAGAGGGCUUUUUGGAGUUGAAAGAUCUUGGAUGCGUGAUUUUGGAUGAGGUGGAUAUUCUCUGCAAUGAUGAGGAGUUUGAAGCAGCAUUUCAAAGCAUAAUCAAUUCUUCACUUGUCACCACACGGUAUAUAUAUAUAGCAAAAGAGUUGAAAUUCUUCCCGACUGUGAAGUGAUCAUGGGACCUGGCAUUCAUCGGACAUGCCCUCACCUCGAAGAGAGGUAUUGUACGAACUAAUUUAGGCUGCCUAUACUGGAGAAGGAUUGUUUUCGCAACAGUAUCCUAGAUGGGCUGAGAGCUUUCUCAUUUGGGUUGAACAGUAAUCUUCUGUUAUGUGAAAUUGCUUUGUCCUUCCCCCUUGAUGAAUAUGUUGCAUAAAUUUGCUGUGGUAGCUAACCAGUGCCAUUCCUCCUAUUUUCCUGUCAAAAAGAAAACUAAUGGAAUACCACUGUAAUAGAGGAGAAUUUGACAGUUACAUGUCAUGUCCAAUUUCUCAUAGAUUGUAGUGGAGAGGAAGACGGUGAAAGGACUUCAGAUACUACAUUCCUGAAUAAGAAGUUUGCUCUUAUUCAGCUUGCAGAAGAAAGCCAGUAACCAAAACAAUUGUUUCCCGUAACAAGAUUGAGACAUGUUGGAAAGUUGAAAAUGCAUUGAAGGAAUUUACAGAAAAGGCACUCAUAUACAAGUUCUACCUUUUCAUGCUGCUGUUUCAGAAGAGUCACUACAGGGAAAUAUGAAAGAGUUUUCUGCGUCUCCAUCUAAAGAUGUCUCCUUGUUUUUGGUUUGCACCGACAGGGUGUCACAAGAAGUCGGCUUUACCAGAGUGGAUCAUGUUAUUCUCCUCAACUUCCAGUGCGACCUGAGCGAAUAUGUCCGCCGUGUUGGAAGAACAGCAAGAGGUUCUAGAGUCUUGGCAGCUGGGAAGCAUUCCCUGGCAAGAAGGAUAAUGGUGAGAAACCGGAAAGGCCAUCCCUUGCAUGAUUUGCCCUCUGCUUAUGAGCUGAUGAGUUGAGACGUUCAUGCACCAAGCGGGAUUGAGUUCAUGCUUGGAGUGACAGGAAUAGAUCCAAUCAGUCCAUUCUUUUUUCCUGCAUGUUACAGAGGAAUGGCGUGGCAAGUAGUGAAAAUAAAGGGGGAUCACUGUUUGGUGAGAUUCUGGUUCUUCCAUUGCGCAUCUCCAUGUUGACGGGGAUCCGAGAAGAGUUAAUGCAAUGAAGAGUUUUUGAUAUCAAGGUUCGAAACAUAUAUACUUCGGUCUUUGUUCUGUUCAUCGUCGAGGAACAUCGAUGCUCUUGCUGAUUGAGACGACUUAAGAAGUCUCCGAGCCUGUAUUAUCUGUAAGUUGCACUUUGUUGAUAAUGAAUAUGCAAUGAUAGGGAAGUACGGGACUGUAUCCCCUGCUGUACACCAUGAAUAUAUUAAAUGACCUGCUGUCACAACUCA